GAGAGAGAGAGAGAGAGAGAGAGAGAGAGAGAGAGAUUAAAGCCAGAAACUGCUCACCAAGUUGCCUAACAAACCACGUUUCUUUAUCCCUCAAAAACCACUAUUUAGGGAGUUAUGUACUCCGAACUCUUCUUUUAUUUCCUCAAUAACAACAUAGUUCUCUCUCUCUCUCUAGAUGUGAAUACACAUUCAUAAUUCACACACAAUCUUUCUCAAAUUCUCCAACUACAUAGCUGUGAAUUGAUUCCUGGCUGUUCUGUUUCCUCUAUUUUUUCCACAUCUAAACGGAUUUCUGUACUUCUUUUUCGUAGCAACCCAUUCAAAUUAGAGGUUUUUAAGAUCUGGGUUUAAGUUAUUUGGUUCUCAAUUUCAGAGCUUUUUUGUCUGCAACUCUCUUAAAAUUCCAAAAAUUUUAUUCAAGAGGGAGUAUUAGGAAUGGAAAACGAUGAGAAAAUGGAAUUGCCUCCGGGAUUUCGUUUCCACCCAACGGACGAGGAGCUUAUCACUCACUACCUAUCCAAGAAAGUUCUUGACAGCUGUUUCUAUGCCAGAGCAAUCGGAGAAGUGGAUUUGAAUAAGGUUGAGCCCUGGGAUUUACCCUGGAAAGCGAAAAUGGGUGAAAGAGAAUGGUAUUUCUUCUGUGUGAAAGAUAGGAAGUACCCAACUGGUUUAAGGACAAACAGGGCAACUGAAGCUGGGUAUUGGAAGGCAACAGGGAAAGACAAGGAGAUCUACAGGGGAAAACCCCUUGUUGGGAUGAAGAAAACUCUGGUUUUCUACAAAGGGAGGGCUCCCAAAGGUGAAAAAACCAACUGGGUCAUGCAUGAAUAUAGAUUGGAGGGGAAGUAUUCUGUUUACAACAUGCCUCAAUCAGCUAAGAAUGAAUGGGUGAUAAGCAGGGUCUUCCAAAAGUGUUCGGGAGGGAAGAAAACACACAUUUCUGGGCUGGUAAAAAUGGAAAAUUAUGGUGAGGAAUUGAAUUCCUCUCCAAAUCUGCCUCCUCUAAUGGACUACUCAGCUCACGUGACCUGCUUCUCCGAUCAAUCGGAAGACAAGAAACCCAAAACCAACGUAAUCGAAAGCUUCAAAUCCCCUCUCCUACCCUCUUCCUUUUCAUCAAAGGACUCAAAUUUCUCUCCUGUUUCAUUUCCUUUCGCCAAGGUCUCUGUCCAAGAAACUCUAUUUUCCACACAAUUUGAACCAAACAUUGGGAAUUCGCAGUACCCGGGUUCUGCUUUGAUGCAGGAUAACUCUAUGUUGAGGUUUUUCCUUGAGAACAAUGGGAUUGAUUUGAAGAGGUGUUCGAAAGCUGCGUUUUCGCCGGAAACUGAUUUCUCUUCCGCUGUCUCAAAUCAAGAUGAUCCAAUCACUUCUGAAGAUGGGCCAGUAGAUCUUGGUUGCCUAUGGAAUUACUGAAUCGAAGGUAUAAAUUAAAAAGUUGCAAGUGAAGAAAAAUUGAGUGAGGAAAGGAAAACUGUGGGCUUCAAGUGUUAGUCGGGAAUUGGUUUUCGCACCUCCAUUUUUCAUUUUUCGUACUUUUUCUUUUUGGAUUUAUAUUCAUGUAAAUUUACUACAUUACUCUUCGAUGUGUUAAAAAGGACACGUAAAAAUGAUACGACCCUUUUAAUAGUGUAAUCAAAUUGCUGUUUUUGUUCAAAA